GUCCUAAUUCCAACAUUUCCGAUACGACGUGAAUGCAGCAGCAGAGUCUGGCGCCAGCCUCAGCAGGAGCGGGGACGAACAGCAGCGACUGAGAUGAUGAGAAACUGGCUCAUGAAGUUCUCCUGUUUUCUCUCCACCGGCAGGUGAACGACAGAUGACUCGUUCCGCGGAUUAAUGCACGCGGGCAUCUGAAGUGAAUUGUUUUUUUUAUGUUUGUGCAUAAUGUGAGAGGACCUGAAGAAACGCUGCAGCUUUGUGCAACAGGGAGCGCAAGACAGACAGCAUAUCUAUUUUUUUUUUUCCCUUCAUACUUAAAACACGCGGGUUGGAGAAGAAUAUGAGAGAACAUCCAUGACUGACCUUUGACCCUUGAGAGAGCGCUGUCUCCCUGGGAGCGAUUCCAGGGAGGGACGGGCCAGGCAUUGACAGGAAUGGACAUGGAGAGGUACCCAGGGGAGAGCACUGCAGGACCCAACAUCACAAACUACACAGGCCCACCAACCAGUAGCCUGCAGGCAGUCCAGCUCACAGACAGUAUGGCAGUGGUGGUGGUUGUUCUCGGGCUCCUCACCCUCCUCACUGCGCUCAUCAACGGUGCUGUCAUCAUCGCCAUCUGCACCACCAAGAAGCUUCAUCUGCCAGCCAACUACCUCAUCUGCUCCCUGGCCGUCACUGACUUCCUGGUGGCAGUCCUUGUGAUGCCCAUCAGCAUCCUUUACAUCUCCAUGGAAUCAUGGUCCCUGGGUCAGGUGGUGUGUGAGUUGUGGUUGAGCGUUGACAUGACCUGCUGCACCUGCUCUAUCCUGCACCUGUGCGUCAUUGCUUUGGACCGGUACUGGGCCAUCACCAAAGCUAUUGAGUAUGCCCGCAAGAGGUCAGCCCGCCGUGCUGCCAUUAUGGUUGGAAUAGUCUGGGUCAUCUCAAUUUUUAUAUCCAUGCCGCCCUUAUUUUGGAGGCAGAGGCCCAGCAGCAGCAAUCUCCAACAGUGCAUCAUAGAGCAUGACCACCUUGGCUACACUAUUUAUUCAACUAUGGGUGCAUUUUACAUCCCCAUGAUUAUCAUCCUCAUCUUAUACUACAGGAUUUACAACGCUGCCAAGACACUUUAUCAAAAACGUGGCUCCUCGCGGCACCUCAGCAGCCGCAGUAUGGGCAGUCAGAACUCUGUAAACCAUUGCCGUGUAUCCCACACUUUUUGCGUGUCAGACUUGUCCACCUCAGACCCAACGCUAACUACUGACAAACUCAACGCCACCAUCCGCAUCCCUUCCUUUGAGACGGACAUGGACGGGCAGGAUGAGAAGAACCAGAUAUGUACCUCACGUGAGAGGAAAGCAGCGCGAAUCCUCGGCCUCAUCCUUGGGGCUUUCAUCAUCUGCUGGCUGCCUUUCUUUUUAAAGGAGGUCCUGGUGGGACUGCGGGUUUUACAGCCAUCUCAGCUUACCUCGGACGUCCUGACUUGGUUGGGUUACAUCAAUUCUCUUAUCAACCCCUUGUUGUACACAAGCUUUAAUGAUGAUUUCAAGCUGGCUUUUAAAAAGCUACUCAAACGAAAAGAACAUGCAUAGAUUGGAGGUUACAACACCAAAGGGAUGUAUGCACCUUACUUGCAGUCUGUCUACUGGCAAUAUGGAGUGUGAUGCUGUGUUUUUCAAGUAAAAAAAAGUUACAACUCAACAAACAAUGUAUUGCUUGUUUUUAUCAAUAAAAUACUUCUAAAUAAUUAUUAUUUGUUCAUUACCGGUGCAUGCGUCAGCAUUGUGUUUGUCCACCAGAAGCUCUCUCAUGAAUUGACUUUUUUUUCCAGUUUUACACCACAUUUUAUGCUACACUUUUAGAUCUGGGUUGUUUUACCUAUAGCCUAUGUUUUUAACAAGGUAAAAGUUUUUGGCCAUCAGCUGCUUGGCACUGCUUGCUACUAGCUAGGACUUGUUUUUAGCAUUGGAGCUAGCUAGCCAAUGGGGACUGCAGGUAACAGUACUGCUGUUUUUACUCUAUGAACUUACCCUGUGAAGACUGUCUGCUGCUCACACACACUAACAGAGAGGUUACUAAGAAGAAGGACUCUAUGCUGUCCAGUGAUAUCGACAUGGCACCCUGCACAGGCUAGGAAGAUCUCAGCUACGAACUCCACCAUCUCGGAUACCAUGCUGUGGGAUCCAAUGCACCCUCAGUCAUCCACUUGCUCAACCCCCAACCCACAGGCAACCUGGUCUGAGGUGGUGGUCAGGGGUGGAAGGAGGAGGUGAGGUCCGGUCGUUUCACCCCCACCACUCAACCUGACAAAUCGCUUUGCAGCGCUACCAGACGAAGCUCCGGACCACCCAGGUGAUUCUGGCCAAACCUGCCCAGAUCCAGACCAUGUCCCCACUGGAGCGUCUCACAAUCCUGCUGACUGUCCAACAGUAUCUGCUCCUGAUAGAUCCAGUGGUUGUGGUGAGAACCUCAGUCAAAGCUACGCCACACAUGUCCUCUGCUGCCACUGUCCCUGCAGUGAAAAUCACUUAACUGCGCUCUCUGGAUCAUGGCCAUCAGCGUCCACCUUUGGGCAGGACUGGAGGGUCCUCCAGUUGUGAUUGUGGUGGUUCUCAUGCCAACUCCUCAUCUCACUCUACUUCAGUGGGGCAGUGGGCCAGUUCUGCGGCAAAUAAGUUGGCUCCCUCUAUAUCAACCAACAGCCAGGUAAUCUGCGCUCUUCUGUGCCUCCAAAUAGCCGGGUAAGCCUUGUGACAUCAUCCACAGCAGAUCCAAAUAUCCUGGUUAUUGGUGAAUCCAUUGUCAGACAUGUCAGUUCCAGGUGACGCCUGUGGGUUCAAUUGUGCAUGUGCAGGGCUCAAAUCUAAC